AUAAAACAUUAGGCGAACUUUUUCCCCAGCUCCACUCGCUAACCUAUUUGAACAGAAAUACAUUUCUCCAGAAAGCGCCUCAGCGGAGGACCAACAUAUGGAAAUAUUUCGAGGCUCAGAUACAUUUUUAAAGCUUCUUGCAUCGCAUUUUUUCUCCUUUCAGUGGAAGCGCUCACUGGACAGGAUAAGAGUUUUCUAGUUUCUUAAACUGCGUUACUUUUAUUUAUUGUAUUCUUCCUCCUGCGUCUCUUUCGGGGCAUGCGUGCGAUGUCACGGAGCACUAAAAGGAGAAAGAAAUGUUUGAGUUUAUAUCCAGUGAUUCCCUGUGAAGGUGGUUUGUGAGUUUAUUUUUUAAGAAACCAGUUGAGCAACUGGCGGCAGGACUCUAUAAUCAAUGUGGUGUCAGCUGGAAGGACGCGGGGUCCGGAUCUCACCUAAACGCUGAUACGUCCUGGGAGUGAUGCACUGGCUUCCCCUGGUUGCCAUGGUGAUCGCCUCGGCCCUGCCCUUCCCUCAUAACCCUGCGACAGCGCAGCCCAGCUCGGACCCGGUUUCCCGCCUCCCAGCUCCAUCUUUGGACUACGACCUCGUAGGAAAUGCCUCACACACUGACAGCAGCAGACAGAACCACAAGGAUUACGUAAAAGUCUCCGUUCAUAUAGAGACCUUGAAAUCCAAAGUGGAGGAUCGAAUAACCUACAAACCUUUUAGCAGCUCAGGCAGCAGGGACAGGAGGAGUCUGGAUGUUCCUGCAGAAGAAGAACCACUCAGGACCGAGGGAAUUUCCAAGGAAAAUUCUCUACCAAAGGACUACAAAGCCAGCACAAAAGAUGACUCCAGUUUUUUGGACUUUUCUCAAAAGGACUCCCAAAAGGACCCUACAAAUACACCUUUGCAUUACCCGAGUCCUUCAGGGCAACUAAGAGAUGCAUCGACAACCAGGCCAGGAGCCAAAACAGGUCCAGCUGAGGACAGUCUUACCCUGGAGGCUGGGCUGGGUCUGGGAGCCGGGAUGGACAACCUUCUGGAGAUAGACGAGAUGUUUCUGGACGCACAUCCCAGAGUCCUGUUCUCCCCCUCCCCAUCACCUCCGGAGCAUCCGCCACUACUGCUGAUGUUGGAGAAUGGCCUGAUGGAGGAGGAAGGCAGGUACAGAGACGAGCAGGAGGACCCGGACGGGCACAUUGAGGGUCACGGCGACCGAGCCAUUGACCGGAGCACGACAACACCGAGCUGGGCGGACUACUCCAGAGGAACCACUAAGGAGGCAGACCGUCCUGUUAAACGGGACAAACGCUCCCAACUGAGUGACAACAGGAGGGGGGAGAAGUCUGUGUGCGAGUCAGAAAGCAGGUGGGUCACUAACAAAACGACUGCCAUUGACUCGUAUGGCCACAAGGUCACCAUCCUCCAAGAGAUCCAGACGCAGACGGGACCUCUCCAACAGUACUUUUAUGAGACUAGGUGCCGCCCGGCCGAGCAGCAAAGCGAAUCAAGCAGGAUCAGGGGGGCAGGGGCGAGAUCUACGGGGAUGGGCGUGGCCGGGGCUGGCUGCUUGGGCGUGGAUAAAAAACAGUGGAAGAGCGAGUGCAAGGCCAGGCAGUCGUACGUCCGGGCCCUCUCCAAGGAUGCCAACAACAGGAUGGGAUGGAGGUGGAUCCGAAUAGACUCGUCCUGCGUCUGCGUGCUUCUAUCCAGAACAAAUCAGGGGAAGGAGGUCUUGAAGAGACGGGGGAGAGUCUAACUUAAGGAAGGAAGGGAAGGAAAGGCAGAGCAGCUGAGACAUUAUCUGUCCACAGGUUUUCACGUCUCCUUCCUCCACUUUAUGACUUUUACAAGAAAACAAGAAGACCUCAAUGCUAGAUGAUUUUAGGGAAAACUGUUAUUUAGACAUUUUACACCAAGAAGUACUGUUUUUGUAUGAUUUAUCUUUCAUAACCUAAGUUAUUUUUUGACUAGUAUGUAAGCAUGUCUUUGAUAUUAAUAUAUUUCCUGAUGUGUCUGCAACAUGACACAGUAUACCUUUUCUGUAUCUCAGUGUGUAUUUAUAGAAGACGUCUUCAUGCAGUAGUUGCUCUCUUCGGUGCCUGAUUAUAAUUCCAGCCUUUGGUUUGACCGGCUUGUAAAAGCAAACAGCGCCACCUACUGAGAUUUCAAUUCACUGCUCCAAACUCUUACAACUGUGGGUGAAUGUUACAGGAUCCUUUUGUGGAACUUGCUUGAGUUGUAAAUUAUGUGACACCUAAAGAAGAUCUGAUGACAUGAUAUGAUAAUAAAAUAAAUUUGUAUUUAGA